AUGUUCGUUGACACCGUCGAAAGCAGAACGUCCUACGCUGUGCCUGUCAGCAAGGACGACGAAGUCAUCAGGUCUUUGGGCUACAAGCCCGAGUUUAAGAGGGACCUUUCUCUGUGGGCCACCUUCUCCGUCUCCUUCUCCGUCUUGGGCUUGAUCCCGUCCGUGGCGUCCACCAUGUGGUACUCCAUCGUCUACGGUGGUAACGCGGGCCUCACCUGGGGUUUUCUCAUCGGCAUGACAGGUGUGAUGGCUGUCUGCUGCUCGAUGUGCGAGAUCUCGAGCGCCUACCCAACGUCGGGAGGCCUCUACUACGCCACUGCAAUGUUGUCUCCUCCUAAAUACAAGGCCGUCCUCUCGUGGACCGUUGGCUGGUCAAACUAUUUUGUCCAGUUGACAGGUGGGCCUGCCGUCGGCUGGUCCUGCGCAAGUAUCAUUUUGGCCUUGAAGACCAUGACAGACCCAACGUACGAAAACAAAACUUGGCACACCUACUUGCUCACCAUCGGCAUCACCUUCACCUGUGCCUGCAUCGCUUCCUGCCCAACCAGAUGGAUCGCACGCAUCAACUCCUGCACCUCCAUCUUGAACAUGGUCUUCUUGUUUGUUUCCUGGAUCAUCAUCUUGGCUGCAAACAACAGAACUAAUCUCGGUCUCCCUAAGUUCAAUGACAACAGAAAAGCCUGGGGCAUCGACAACUUCACCGACUGGCCAGAUGGAAUCUGCAUGUUGAUGACCUUCCUUGCCGUCAUUUGGACCAUGUCAGGAUUUGACAUUCCUUUCCAUAUUGCCGAAGAGAGCUCCAAUGCACAAAUAUCUACUCCACGGGCCAUUUUUAUGACUGCCAGUAUCGGAGGAGCCCUUUGCUUUGUCUAUCAAUUGUCCAUCGCUUACACCAUCGUGGACGUCGAAGGAGUCGUCAACAGUGAGAUUGGCCAGCCUUACGUUUCUUACUUAGCUCAGGUCCUCGACCGUCGCUCUUGCCUGGCACUAGCCUCCUUCUCCAUCAUCUUGACUUUUUCCAUGUGCUUCACUUCCAUGAUUGCUGCCUCCAGAGUGUUGUUUUCCUACUCCAGAGACAAUUGCUUUCCAAUGUCCCACAUCUGGUGUCACAUCAACACCAAAACGAGAACCCCUGUCAACGCUGUCUGGAUGAAUUGGUUUAUUGGUGCAUGCCUUGACUUGUUAAUGUUUGGAGGUGUCGCCAUUAACGCCAUCUUCUCCUUAGGUGCAAUUGGUUCCUUCAUCUCCUUCACCUUCCCAACUCUUUUGAGGAUCACCUACGCGAGAAAUACAUUUGUCCCAGGGCCAUGGAACAUGGGUAAAUGGACAUACUUUUGUGGAUGGUAUGCUGUCGGCUUUGUCCUCUUGAUGAUCCCAAUUCUUAACUUCCCACAAUUCAGAGGGAAAAACUUGACGCCAGAAUUAAUGAACUGGACCUGUUUGGUCUACUAUGGUGCCAUGUUCCUCGCUCUUGCAUGGUACUUCAUAUACGCACACAAAAUCUUCAAAGGUCCAAAGAGUAACAUCACUAACACUGUCAUUCAGAAUUACGAAGAACUUGAAGAGCAAGUAGACUUGGUUGAAAAAAUAGCUGAUCAAGAAGCAGAGGCAAAAACCACUGGUCACGUUUCUUUGAAUUCUGUUGAAGCCACUUCUUCAGAUAACGUCUCGAAGAAAAACUCUGAAUUUGUCAAAAAGGAAGAGGUCUGA